UAUUGAAUUUGCUGUCGUAAACCGCAGGAUAUUACUGGCGAAAACGACAGUUUUACUUUCUAUCGUCUGUGACUUUUAUCCGACUGUCAAAUAUCAGACAAGGAUAUAUCUUUAGAAGAUUCAUUUUCUUUAAAACUGAUGGCAGUAUAUUGAAUUUACCAACGUCAGUUGCAGGAUAUUACUGGCGAAAAAACCAGUUUACUUUCAAUUGUGUCUUUUAUUCCACUGUCAAAUAAUAAAUAAGGAUACACUGUAGAAGAUGAUUUAAUUGUCAGCUGAGUUAGCAGUUCGUGGAUUGAAACAGAGACAAUUUGAUCACAUCAGCAGAUUCAGGAGAACGUGUUUGGAUGUAAUAGUGGCUUUCUGCUGGAUGAUGUUAAAAAAAUAAAGAAUGUAUUUGAAAAAGACAGUGCUGCACAGACAAUAGAGGUAAUGGAAGGGAAAAUAAUGAAGUAUAAUAAAUCACUAGAGAUUUUGGGUUGAUCUUGUACAAGGAAGAUGUUGAGAGUGUACCCGAGUUACCAUGAUGGCUCCGUGUCUGAUGCUGUUUUUUCAGAAGACGAAGGCGGCUUCCAGGAUUUCUACUCGAAUAAUAGUUACAAUUAUAAUGACAGUGUGUUCUCACCUAAUUUAUCUGUAACCUCAAUAAGGGAUGCUUAUUCACCGAGGAAUAUAAAUACAUCUGUGACAUCAAUAGGUGACUAUAACUCAUCGCGGAAUAAUUCUAGGGAAGCAAGUUCUCCCACAGUUUCAAACUAUAGCACUUAUUCACAGGAAGUUAAAUAUAUAUUUGACCCAAAUUUUGGAAUGCAGCAGAGGUCAAGGUCACACUCGAGUGUAAAAAUGCAAUCCACACCUCAGUUUGAACCUGUUGACCCUUCAGGGAAUUCCACGGAAGAUGAUUACUCACAAAUCCAUUACUCAAACAGAAAACCGAGUGUUCAGAGGAAAGCCAGUAAUUCUAGUCAGUACAGUUAUAAAGGUCAAGGUCAGAAUGGAGGUCAGGUGUACUCAAAGAAUCCGCCUCCUCCUCCACCCAGAACAUCAAGCUCAGCAUCCACAUCACAGCUUUCUCAACAAGGGGACGCAACUCUUACACCAAAAAAGCCAUCUCUGACUCAUUCAAUGUCAGCCUCAUAUUCAGCAUACUAUUACCCAUAUAAUCAAACCCGCCGGAAGACUUGGUCGCCGGAAGGGCUACGACAAGGCUACAACGUAGCCAGCAUUAAAAGAAAUCAUAGAUUACGUAGCUAUAGUAACGAGCAGCUAUUGGACACCAACGUUGAGGGGCGUGACAGAGAUCACAUAUACGAAGAACUAGAGGCUGGACCACCUAAACUGGCGCCCAUCAGUGGAAUGUUGAAUAGGAUGACUUGUCGGAAAUACAAAUGUGGUUGUUAUCGAAUUAUUCAGUCACCUGGUAGAGGGAUAGUGAAACCUAUAGCAUUCAAGCCAGUGGUGACGAAUCCCAAGUUUGUAACCUCACCUAAACAGUACGGUGAGCACCCACGGAAAUACUCUAGUCAUGAUGAUGGAUAUGGGUCACAGGACUACGGAGUGACCAGUCAGAGUGUAGCAAACACCUCACAUGGCUCUAAUUACUCACAGAUGGAUUUUGACAGGUCUGCCAGUUUCUCUAGCGAUUGUAACAGAACCUCAGAUAGGGCAGAUUCUGUGGCCGCCUCCCACAUGAGUAGACAUUCAUCCAAUCAUAUUGACGGUUAUGUUCAGACACCGUCACCAAGUGAUAGUGGAGUUGGUGAACUAGAAGCCAUCUUGAAAGAGAAAGAUGCUGAAAUUAAUAUAUUAAGGGAUGUGAUGGACAAAAAUGAGAGGGCAAUAUUUCAAGUGUAUGAGGAUAAGAAAAGUGGUUGGGUGAGAGAUAUUCAAGAAAUGAGGGACGAUUUUGAAAAGCAGAUAAAAGAAUGCAAAAGAAAGUCAUACAAAACUGAACAAAUUUUGAACUUGCAAGUAUUUAAACUACAGCAGGAUAAAAAAGGAUUAAAAGAUGAAAUUGAUAAAUUAGUUGCAGAAAAAGAAGAUUUGCUUCAAAAAUGUGAGGCUUUUGCGGAAGAAACAAAUAGACUUCAAGCCCAAAUGGAUGAUGCGACUUGGCAGGGUCAAGGUCGUAGGUCAUCCGGGGAUGUGUCAAACUUACAAAAUCAAAUAGACCAUUUGCAUAGUCAGCUUACAGACAAAUCUGAAGAGGUGCUCAGACUUCAAUCAAGACUUGAAGAAGAAAAAUCCAAACUGGAUGAAACAAAUGCUAACAUUGAAAACAGAAACCGACAGUUUUCUGACCGGUUAAAACAUGACACCUCUUCAGAAAGUCUAAUGAGAUUAAAUAAUUCUGGUUCAGAUAUGGAACCAGAUAUCCCAUUAUGUCAUUGUGAGAAAGAAAUACAAACAGACUUCUCAAAAGCUAAAACACCAGAGAGAGAAACUCUUAAGCCAUCUUUGAUAUGUGAAAAAGACAAAGAAGUGAAUGCUUUACGCGAAGAACUGAACAAACUUCGUCUUGAAAUGCUAGUCAAUAAGGAGGAACAUGAUAAGGAAAAAGAACAAUGGCUGGAAGAGAAAAACAAAGUUAUAAUGUACCAGAAACAGUUACAGUUGAAUUACGUACAGAUGUUCCGAAAAAACAAAGUUCUUGAGGCGGAGGUGGAACAACUCACUCUUGAACUUGAAAGUCGGGACAUGAAAUUGAUGGCACUAAAUGGGGAAGAAUCCGUAUGCUAAAUGUUUGGAAACAUUCAGACAUUAUUGCCAGUACAUUAUUGUGAGAAUGAUUGUUUUCAUGAAUGAAAAGUAAUAAGUUUGUACAGUUUGUACAUUUCAGUUCAUACACAGUCUUUAUUUCAUAAUUAUUUCGUACCAGAAAUUGUAUCUUCCUUGUUCACUAUAGCAACAACAGGUGAAAUUUCUUCAGUGUACUUGUAACUAUCAUUUAGUGCUACUUAUUAAAGGAAAGGUUCAAAUCGUCAUAGAGAUAGAUUGGAAAAUAAUGAAAAACAGUGUUGUAUUUACAUGUACUGGUAUUUUGAAUAGAAACUGAUCUAGCAUUAUAUAAUACAGAUGAUUCAAACUGUUGUCAGAAAAUUUGGGCUUCAGAAUAGCUUCUUUUAAGAAAUGUCAAAGUUUCAUAUUAAAUGAAUUUUAUAUCAUUUUACAAAAAAAACAAACAAAAAACAAACAUAUAUCUAAAGGUGAUUGUACAUUGAAUUCUUUUUUUUUUAAAGCUGAUGAAUUAAUCCUUAUAAAUAUUUAACCUUUAGCCUGCUGGCAGCAAGUGAUUCUGCCUUUGUGACCAGUGCAGAACAAGAUCAGCCUGCAUGUCCAUUUGCAAAGCACAUAUGCUUUCACUGCAAGUUAAUGUGUUUGGAGACUGAUUUUGAUAUAUGACAACAGUUUUGUAUGUUACAAAAUGAAGUAGAGAACAAAAUGUGUGGUUAAAGUAGUAGUGCGAUUAGGUACACAAAUGAAAUCCAUUUUUCAGAAUCUGUUUCAUCUAGGUUCCACUCAGUUCACUAUAGUGCCUUUGGUUGGAAAGUCUCUCAAGAAUGUUUUCUUGUAUUCAAGAUUUAUGUACAUGUUAUUUCAAUAUUUUUGUGCUUCCAGGUGUAAUGUAAAUUACAUGUAUUAAAUUAGGCCAUUUGUUAGCUAUGGGCAAUAUAUUUGCAAGUU